AUGAGUGAUUACAGCAUUGACAUGAUACAACAAGACCAAGUUGAUCGCAGCUUUCCAUCUCAGAUUUCAGAACCCCUGAUGAACAGAAUGACCCCAGAGAAUCCCCAGCCAUACCUGUUUAUUAACAUGGAUGAUUCCAGCAUGAACUUGAUACCACAGGACCCAGCUGAUCCCAAACUCUGUCCUCUGCUGCAGCUGAACUCCCAGCCACCUCCUGCGAUCUGCUUGCUCACAAUCAAGGGACACAGGUGCAGCAGACGCUGGUUCAGCAGUGCCAUCAAGAAUUACAAAUCAAGAAGAAACUGGGAAGCUAUGGGCAGGGCACGCAGGCCUCCACCAGGGCAGCACAGGCAUUGUGAGAGAUGCUUUAACCGUCACUGCCACAUGCCUGUGGAGCCCAACGUCUCCUGCCUGGUGAUAAAUUGCCACCUGUCCUGUGGCGCUACCUUCCACAUGUGCAAAGAGGCAGAACAUGAGCUUCUCUGUCCCUUAGAGCGGGUUCCGUGUCUCAACUCUGAAUAUGGCUGCCCCCUUUCCAUGUCCCGCCACAAACUGGCCAAGCACCUGCAAGUGUGCCCUGCCAGUGUGGUCUGCUGCUCUAUGGAGUGGAACCGCUGGCCAAACGUGGACUCUGAAACAACCCUUCAUGAGAACAUCAUGAAAGAGACCCCCAGUGAGGAGUGUUUGGACACAGCCCUGGCCCUCCAGGACCAGAAAGUCCUUUUCAGAUCUUUGAAAAUGGUAGAACUUUUCCCAGAAACUAAACAGCCCACUGAGGAGGAACCUACUAUGAAUGGUGAAGCCAGCUGGGAGGAAAUGGAAGGAGCAGUAGGUGGAGCAGAUGCUGGGUUGGUAUCAAACGGCACUCUGUCAGCCACUAACGGAGAGAUGGUGGAGCUGAGUCAAGAAGAACGAGAGACGUUAGCCAAAACCAAAGAAGGGAUGGACCUGGCCAAGUUUGACAAGUGGGAAAAUAUGUUCAGCAAAGAACAUGCAGCCUCUGCUUUAACAAGCUCAUCAGUGAGCUGUGAGAGCAAGAGCAGGAACGGCCCGGGGAAAGAACAGAUAUCCAGUGGCAAUAACAUGGUAAAAGAGGAUACUGCCAAUGAGAAAGAACCACAGGAAAACCAGAAGCAGCAGAACUCUCACGGAGCCAUGGAAACGACAGGGCUUGCCCCUUGGCAGGAUGGUGUUCUGGAAAGACUGAAAAUGGCUGUGGAUGCAAAGGACUAUAAUAUGUAUUUGGUGCACAACGGGAGGAUGCUUAUUCACUUUGGUCAGAUGCCUGCUUGUACGCCUAAGGAGAGAGACUUUGUUUAUGGCAAGCUAGAAGCUCAGGAAGUGAAGACUGUUUACACCUUCAAAGUUCCUGUGAGCUACUGUGGGAAGCGGGCUCGCAUUGGAGACGCCAUGUUAAGUUGUAGGCCAAAUGAACACAAGGCAGUAGAUACUUCAGAUUUGGGGAUCACUGUGGAGGACCUGCCCAAAUCAGAUCUUGUCAAGACCACCCUCCUGUGUGCUUUGGAAAGAGAACUCAAAGGUCACGUCAUCUCCGAAUCCAGGAGCAUUGACGGGCUGUUCAUGGAUUUUGCUACACAGACAUACAAUUUUGAGCCAGAGCAGUUUUCCUCUGGGACGGUGCUGGCUGACCUCCUAACCACUGCCAAACCAGGCGGGCUCCAUGUGGAGCUCCACAGUGAGUCUGUGACCAGGAGACACAACAAGAGCAGCUCUGCCUUCACUUUCACUUGCAACAAAUUCUUCAGGAGGGAUGAAUUCCCCCUGCAUUUCAAGAAUGUCCACACAGACAUUCAGUCAUGUCUCAAUGGCUGGUUCCAGCAUCGAUGCCCCCUCGCCUACUUGGGAUGUACAUUUAUUCAAAACCAUUUCCGUCCCCCAGGGCAAAAGGCAAAAGUGAUCUAUAGUCAAGAGCUCAAGACUUUUGCUAUCAAGCCGGAGGUUGCUUCAGAGCUCAGUGAGGGAAGGAAGAACAACCACCUCUCAGGCCAUGGAAGAAAAAGCCAGAAUUCUCUGACCAGCCUGCCCCUGGAGAUUUUGCAGUACAUUGCUGGGUUCUUGGACAGCAUCAGCCUGUCCCAGCUCUCCCAGGUGUCCGUGCUGAUGAGGAACAUCUGUGCCACUUUGUUACAAGAGAGGGGGAUGGUCCUCCUGCAAUGGAAGAAGAAGAAGUAUUCCAACGGAGGCACCUCCUGGAAAGUCCACAGAGAGAUCUGGCAAUUCAGCAGCCUCUUCUCCAAAGUCAAGAGCUGGGAGUUUAAUGAAGUUGCCUCCAUGUCCGAGCACCUGAAGUCCUGUCCUUUCAACGUUGUAGAGCACAAGACUGACCCGAUUCUUCUGACCAGCAUGUGUCAGCCCCGCGAGCAGGCCCGAGAGAGCUUAGUUACCACCUUCAGAGCCAGAGCACGAGGGAGACACGCCUACUGAAGAUUCAGACGCCGCCAUUCUUGGAUUCCCCCUCAGAGUUUCUAAAAAUAGGACAGAGCGUGGUUUUGAGGACUUGCCUCUAUAAACUGCAUAUGUGCCUAUCUGGGUGUAUUGGAACAUGCAAUGUCCUUCAGAAUCUGAGCAGCUGCACAAGGUCUAAGAAUUUUGUAAGCCAUGGCUUGUACGAUUGCUAUAGUGCCUUAUUGAUACCUUUUUUUUUCUAAAGUAAAUCAGAGGAGAAAAUAAGUACCUUGAGGCUACUUGGAAGAUAGGCUCAAGUCCUUAGGAGAUGAGAGAGCAGUGAAAUUCCAUAACCAGCACAGGCCUGUGCUUUUGUGGAGAGCUUUUCAGUUUAUAAGCACUUUCAAAUUUAUAAGGUAGGCAGUGCAGGGAUGGGGACUGAGGUGCCUCCCAGGGCACCCAGGGUGAAGGGCACACAGUUUGACAGUUCUGGAGCUGAGGUUGUCUUGACAGUCAAGUCCAAGGCUUCCUUUAGUGGCCCCACUGCCUCUGAGCCUAGACAGUCCAAACACAGCCCGACAGAAUAGUGACCUUGGCUGCGCACAGCAGCCUCAAGGACACUGCAAGCCAAAGGAUGAGAGGCAGAAAUGAGGUCACAGAGUUUGUUGUGUAGACUCUUGGCAACAUACAGAAGGACGGCCUUGAAAAAUGAAAAGUCCAAAGGAGACCCUAUAUUUAUGCAGAAAAUUAGGACGAAAAUCUGCAACCCUACUUUUAAACAUUUUAAUAAUGACUUAAGUGUCAAGGUCCUUUUCUGAAAAUUAUAUUCUAGGUCUAGAUUAGGGAGAGCAUAGGCAUAACCCAGCACCACCUUGGGCUAUCUGAAAUGACCUCAAGACACUAACACCAACUUCAGUGUCAUGCUGGAAUGCACAGGGUAGCCCAAGGAGACCACACAUUUGGCAAAGUCCAGGCAAGGCCCACUGUAGUUCCUGUGGCACCAGUCACCACCUCCUGGACACCAGUUGAGUGCCCCACGGGGGAUCUUGGGAAGGAAGACAUGUGAACGUAGUGCUUUCCUGUACUUUCUCCUACUUAUUGCUGGUCACUACUCCAGUCUGUCAAAAAUGAGGGAUACUGUUUUUUGGUAACAAACAGUGAAUACUCAUGAGAACAAAAGUAAAAUAAAAAUAUACAAUAGAAACUGGCAUCCCCUAAAGCAAGGUUUUUCAGAACUAACAACAUUUUGAACUGGAUAAUUCUUUGUCGUAAGGGACUGUCCUGUGUGUUAUAGGAUAUUUAGCAGCAUCCUUGGGCUCUAUCCAAGAGAUGCCAGUAGCACCCCCACAGCUGUAACAACCAAAAAUGUCUCCAGACACUGCUACAUACCCUCUGGGAGCAAAAUCGCUCCUGGUUGAGAAGCAUUGCUCUAAAGGAUGACAUACCAGUGGCAGCAUGUUAGGAUAAGCUUUUUAGUAGCAAAAUCUUAUCUCACAGAGUUAUCUACAAUGGGUAUGAUUUCAUGCAGCUCUUCUUUAGUUACUAAGUAGGUUUUAGACACAUGGUGAGUUUAAGUUGGGAACCAGAUGGAGCUCAUUUGUUUGAUGUGGCUUCAUGUCCUUGGGUCGCAUGCGAAAAUACAUCCUUUCAGCCCUCUCCAAGUGUAGCUGGAGCCAGGAAAGUUGAGCUACUUGUCUUGUGUUUAUCUCCCUAUCAUCUUAAGUGGUGCCAUUUUCCCGGCAGUCCCCAAGCAGGUGAGAAAGAAGGGAAAAGGAGGACAGGCAUUGUGGGGAAGCAGAGAACAAAGCAUUUAGCCAACAAAAAAAGAGUCUAGUCAAUCUGGAUGCUUGUUAUUGCCUGAGUCUCUCUGAGCACAGUCCGGAGCUGGUGUAGAUGAAGUAGACGACACCUCUGAGAAGAGUCGAGAAGGCGUUAGAGCAAGUCCCAGAGUAGAAAUUUGCUCAUCUUUUCGUUAUUAUGUGCCGCUUGGUAGUAUUUGGUAAUGUGACUCUAUUUUUCCUUAUCCUUAUCGUUUGGUUUAUAUUUCACAUUUGUACAUAAGGCACUGUUUUUCUAAAAAUAUAACCAGAGUAUGAGCUAAGAUUUUAUUCAGUGAAGAUGAGCAAUUGGAAACUUCUAGACACUGAAGUGGGGCGAGAGGAAGAGUUCUCAGGGGAAGAGGUGUCAGUUCCAUGUGUUUUGAUCUAGUCCUUUCUGUGUGGAGAAAGAAAGCCCCUAAAGUCCACUCUGGGUUUCUUAUUUUACUAGAAAAAGAGAGAAAGGGGAGCUAGAGACCAAGGAAGAUGAAAAUCAGGGGCUACUGUUAGAUGGGUGAGAAAGACAGAGAAAGGCAGAGAGCAGAGGGCUUUUCCUUCACAGUGGGGGCAGCACAGGUGCGGGAGAGCAGUCAGGAGAGGGCCCACACCUCUCUGUGGCCUGCACACAUCCAGUCACACUUCCCUUUCCCAGUUGCUGCCUUCAGAGCAAUAUUGAAUUGAUCAACAUCAUCAAACACAUUUGAUAAGAUAUCGAAUUGUACACGUUGCGGGAAACCAGGCUACAGCAGGUGUCCACUGGUCUGCCCAAACAAAUGCAUUUUAUGGUGACAGGGCAGUGGAAGCAAAGGGAAGCCCUUUAGAGAGACUGUGGAUUAGACAGAAGAGGAUUUGAUUAGUGAGAUGAGGCUGUAGUGGGCAGCGUGAGCAGCAAGCAUUAUCUGACCGAGGCAAGACAGUUAGACAUGGCUUCAGAUUAAGAAGCAGCUGAAGGGAGUGAAAAGGGACUGGUACCCGGGAAUAGGAGCCUGGAUGGGGACCUGUUCCUAAGCAGAGCCCUUGAUGAGUAUCACCACCAGGAAAAUCAGUCCAGAGAAGAUCAGCUGAACAGGGAGGGUGAGGUCUGUAGAACAGAGGCAGAAAGGACCCUGUUACCUUAACAGUGUUGGGAUCUAGAAAAGAAGUUUCUGUCUUAUAAUGAAGGGAAAAGUGAAAAGCCAGGUGGGACUUGGAGAUGUAACAGGGAACUCAUGUGAAAGUCUGAUCUAUGUGUGAUGUCAAAUCAAACUGAAGUGAAGAAUGAGAUCAUGUACAUCUAUGGUCACUUACCUCAGUCUACUGGAAAUCCCAAUGUCUCUAUAAGCAGAAAUAAAAGCUGCUUUGCACACUGGAAGGCUAACUGGCUGACUCUUAUAAGUUAGCUCUAAAGACAGAUUUGUGAUUCGCUGGCAUAGAAGUCAUUGCGGAAACAAAGGAGUGUAUAUCUUAAAGAAAAGCCAAGGAAUGAGCCUGAGGGACGCAGUGUUCUAGGCACACGGGAAGCUCACCAAUUUUAUGAAGUCCUGGAGCAACUAUGGAUCUCAGACACUAAUCCUAGCUCUUCCUUGAUCCCACUGUCUUCUCCCUUUUUGAAAGCUGGACCCAACUUCAGAUACUGGUUACAGCACAGACGUCUAUGUCCUACCAACCAAAGAUCCCUUACACCAAAUCCCUGACUUUUAUUUUGAUUUUAUUUGAUUUUACCUAGAAUCUUCUAUCUCGGACUUUGCUAAGCCCAAUGCCCUGGGGCUGGGAUAAAACCCACCAUGCCCUGGCGUCUCAUUCCCCUUCAUCUCCAUACUUUACUUGGUGAUUCUCUUUUUGCCCAUCAGUGGUUGUUCAAAUGUUCUCACCUCUUUUCCUAUCAGCCUUGGUCCUGGACUACACAGAAGCUUCAUGAGCUUCCUCCAUCUACCCUCUUUCUUUGCCAUCAAUUUCAGUCACCCAGCUGAAAGGAAGCCUGGACUUUCUCUAGGAGAAGCCACGGUCUCUGACUCCAAAUCUUCUUAACACCUCGUUGGAGCCUGUGUUCCUUUAGCUUUAGUCUUUUUUUGUUGGCCAAAUCUCCCUUUUCCUCCUUCCUAUCCCCUAAUUUGUGCUUCUUCCUCAAGAAUCAUCA